UUAUCAUGUUUCAGCUUGAAUCGAAUUCAAGACAACAAGGAAUGUUGGAAACUACUCCAGUCAACGUUUACGGCAGUUCAAUGGAUCAUGGAUACGAAUCAGGUCCAAGCAUCGACCACUCGCGCAGGAGUUCGUUUGGCAUCCGCGACAUAUCGCUUCCGUCUCGUCGCCGCUACACAAUGCAAUCACGGCUCCAAGUUCAGCGUGCCAAUGGCGAUGGGAACCGAAAAACGUCGUAUCAGUAUGGAAUGAACGCUCCGCCGCAAAGCAUGGAGGUAGACGAUGAUAAUCUCAAGCCGAUGCCUCUGACUCGCAGAAGAAUGAGUGUGCCGGAAAAUGUGUUCAGAAGAGCGGAUUUCGCCAUCAUGCGUCCAUGCCGGAUAUUUAGCAACGAAGGUGCUUAUGAAGUUCUCUCAGCUUUUGAUCGCCAUGCAGAUCCAUACCACACAUUCAUGAAAUCGAUCACUUGUUACGACCUGCAACCAACGCAUAGCUCGCUGGUUGUGUUUGACGGAAAAACAAAGGUUAAAGCAGCGGUGCAUGCUCUUUCUCAGCACGGCCACAUUGCCGCCGUCGUCACAAAUACUGACAAAUACCAGGCGGAAUGUGUUUUCAAUAUGGGACACUGCCUCACGGCCAUCCUACUGGUGGCUGCUGGAAACCGAGAGGUGGCCAGCAAAACUUUGGUGGAAUUCUUAAAGGAAAUCGGGUCAGGAAACAUAAUCUGCAGUGGUGUUCAGAAUAGCGUCUGGGAAGCUGCCAAUAUCAUCUCACACAACAAAAUUAGCUUCGUUCCGAUUUUUGAUACGAUCAUUCCAAAGCCGGGGACUCCACUGUACUUCUUGACUCCACGUAUGAUUCUUCAGGAAACAGUUCUGAAAUUGAGCGACUUUGGAGAUGCAAUUCUUCUUCACGUGCGACAGGCCACCCUGGAUCAAAAGAAAAUUGGCACGUGGAACGACGACGUUUUGAAGAUCGGCUUGAAUACCACGAUUGAGGAGGCCAUCAAGUUGAUGUCGGAACGAAAAAUGUCUACAAUUCCGGUUGUGAAUGAUUUCAAACAAAUUGUGAAUAUGCUUGCGAGAAAGGACAUAAUUCUGGAAAUCAUGAGCCACCAAGGAGGAAACUUCCAUGAUAUGCUCAAAGAGCCGGUCAAGAUUUUGCAAUCACUGCAAUCGCGAUUGGUAUAUGGACGGUCUAGUUACACUGUUUUCGAGACUGUAGCUAAAAUGAUGACAUCGGACAAGAGUAGCUUGCCAAUCAUCGACGAAGGAAAGCGCAUUCUUGCGGUUGUCUCAUGUAGUGAUAUUCUCAGCUAUAUCCAAACAGCAGAAAGAACUCCAACCGAGGACCGAUCAUCUUCAAAUUCUAGCACAUCGAGUAUGCCAAAAAGUGCAAAGUAAUUUGUGAAUAUUCAAGACAUAUCUCUAAGUAAAAUGCCACAAAAAGGUUGAAACUCUUGAACAAUUUUUCACUUUUCCAAUACCUGACAAUUGCCCUAAUUCGCAUUCCAUGGAAUGUGUUUUUGUUCAAAGAAAUUUUGCUUUAAUUUGGAGCGAUCUUUUCUUUUCUUUUUUGUAAAUUUUGACUACGACUCAAUGAUUCAAAUUUUGAAUUAAUUACUUUUAAAUAUUUAUAUCUUGUUUCUAAAUUCAAGAAUAUGUAGCAUCCAGGAUAAUUCGAUUUUCAUCAGAACCAAAAAAAUUAAAACAUAAGAAAAUAAAUCCAAAAAAAAGUGAAUUCUUGCUUCCAUAUUUUAAUGUUUCUUCAUUUCUUCCGGUCUUUUUUUUCAAAAAAUUUUCAAUCCCGUUGUAAAUACUAGCUUCCGAUUUCCAUGAUUUUCAAACUUGUAUGAAUGAUUUAUGUAU